AUGUCGGUUCCAGUGAAAGAUGAGUUGCAGAUCCGCAGCGUCUCUAGCGACGACGUGCUGCUGGGGCUCGGCCCGAUCACUUUGAGCCCGGAGGAUGACCCAGAGCGGGAGUCUGGGUGGUUCGCCAGCCCCGAGCAUGAUAUGGCGUUGGAGGGAUGCAGCGCCCAUGGGAACACCGCCGACGAGGAGGUGGCUGCAGAGAACGUCAAAGAGGAGAUCGAGGACGCUGAGGCUGCGGAGCAGCCUGCGGUGCCAGCAGCCUCGCAGUGGACCACCACGCUGAUCGACCUGACUUCCGACAUCGGCCCUCGCCUAGUCAGUAGGUCGGCGUCGAAGGCGACGGCCCGUGCCAUCGGCGAUUCGGCCCAACGGGAGGCGUCAGGCAUCGGCGAGGAGAUGGCCGAUGAGGAUGAGGGCGAGUACGCGGCACGGGAGUCCGAUGGCGACGGAGAGAUCCCAUCAACAACUCUGGACCCCGCCAGGUGGCAAGGCCAUCCGACGCCUCUGUCAUUGGAUGAGGAGUUCCCCAGGGGCACAGCGUUCCAGCACCUGGCGCGCAUCAGGAAGACCGUCAAUGGUUACGUCGACGGGCUCUGCAGCGUCGACUGGCACAAGGAUUUCAUGGCGGCCACUGUCGGCGCUCUGACCAGGCGGCUCAUGACUCACGAAUCGAAGAUCAUGGGGAAGGCUGUGCUGGAUGUCCAGGUCUGCUCCAAGCAGCUUGAGGAGCGUGCCAAGGGGCUUUUGGCAAUCCACAAGUGGUUCCACCAGUGGACCCAAUUCAAGACCGAUGACAAGCUAGUCGAGGCGCUGCCGCAUCUAAUGGUCGAGUUGAAGUACCUCAAGUGCAGGGGCUUGGAGGUCGCGCCGCCUGUGGGGCUCGUGACCCUGAAGGCAAUCUUCUUCAGCGUCUACAUGGAAAGCGGAUCCGUGGCGAAGGCAGCGAUCGGGCACAUCAACCUUGGCUCGCUGAGGAGAGUGCUCGAGAUGUCAGAAGAGUACAUGACGAAGCUCACUGAGGUGCGAAACAGCGCUCCGCAGGCACCUGCAGCAGAAGGGGCCGCGCCAGGCAGGAGGCAUCGGGGCCGGCUGCUGCCCAUCGAUGACGCGGUCGACAUCACUCUUCCCGUCGCCGUGCAGCUGGGCAUCAUGGUCUGGGAAAGCUUAGAGCACUACUGGCAGAGCAUCGGAGCCAAGGGCGAGAUGACGAUGGAUACUCGCAUGCAAGUUGUAGACGAGACCAGCUCUAUCUGGCGUUCAUGGGUGAAUACCUUCGAGACCGAGGAGAAGACGAUGGACACCACUCAGGUCGAGACAGCCCUUUGCAGCGUGAGAGUCGUGUGUCAGUGCUUGCUCCCAGAUGAGAAGGACAAGCCGACGACGGCUGAUGUUCGAGCAGCUCGGAAGUUCAUCAACCAGAACGCUACCUCAACCAAGUCUUCAGAUGAUCAGCGAGCCGUUGUCCAGAAUAUCGCAAAGUCGAUGGUCGGCAUCGCCCCCGCAAUCUUCAUCAUGGAGCAAGCGAGGAGGCAUGCUUCGAAAGGGGUUGAGGACGAUGCUGCAACUGCCAUUUUCGACAAGGCUUGCAAUCGUUUUGAGGAGAGCUUCCAGGAGGCAUACACGGACAUGGAAUUGUUCAUCAACGAGCCUAAGCCAGAGGACGAGUCGGACGUCAUGACCUACGCGAUCUUGGGGAAGAGGCUCAAGCCCAUUAUCGACAUCCAGACGAGCAUCAUCUCCUGUGCAUCGAGGUGGUCACCCGCUGCGCUGAAGGAUAAUAUUGAGCCCGUCUGCGCCGCGAUGGGGAACUUCAUGGAGCUGCUGAGCAAUGGUGUAUACGGUCUCGUUUCGGUGUUUCACAAGACCGUGUCUCGCCCUCUGGCUCGGGUCCUGGACGAGACCGGCGCCACCAAGGGCGGUGCUGGCUUUGCAGCAGUGUCACCAGCGUCGAAAGUCAUCGCUGCGCUGGGGGACUUGCACGCGACCAGGCUCCAAUCGGAGGAGUUCUACAAGGCGCUUCAGACGAUGGUACUCGGAACGACGAAGUGCGCCGAGGCCUUGACCAAGAGGACCAGUGACGUGGAGCUCGCCGAGAAGCUGGGCGAGAUCGGGUGUGCGAAGGUGCUGUUGGCAACGCUCGAGGACAACCGUCAGAACCUCAAAGAUAUGAUGGACUACAUGGGCGCGGUCGUGGAGCUCUUACCCGUGUUUGUUGAUGGGGGGUCCGAUGCGCUAUUCGAUGCAACCACCACCAAUCCAAAGACCAAGGAGCACACGAUCAACCUGUCCCGCCUGCAACACCAGCUAGAGGGCGUCAAUACGAUUCUGUUCCAUGGCGAAAGCACCGUGCAAGACGCGAGCGUCUUUCACUCCAUCAGCGAGGCUUUCAUGAUCUUCAAGGCCAACUUCGGCGACAUUACCUACCACCAUGCAGCGGCCGUCUGGCUUGCCCCCCGCGUGGUCAAUAUGUUGGCUUUCAGCGACCUCGAGAUCGGUGCGGUCCAGGAUGACGUGUUGGUGUCAACCCUCGACGCUCAGAUCCUAGGGCGCCUCGUUCGCAAGCCAGGUGCCGACGACCCCUUGCCUUCCGAAGUCGUGGAGGCGCUGCAGACGACGGCCGACUCUGACACAAUGCUCGAAAGCUUCACCCACAACAAGGCGCUGACUGCAUUGAAGGACUUCGCCGAAGCGACGAGCAUGACUGAGAUGCGCACUUGCGGCGCCGCGUUGGCAGAUGGUCGCCAGGGCGAGGACUGGCCAGUGCCAAUGCACAUCGCGACAUAUGUGUUUGACGUCAUGUGCGCUGUGAGGGACCAGUUCAUGCUGGCCACGGCGCUCCAGCACUACCUCAUCGACCCGACCGCCGAGCGUAAGGAGAUGUUUGAGAAGAGCAUCGAACCCCAUCCGUCUUGCAACAUCCAGGUCAAUGCGCUGGUGCUCAUGUUUUCUCGUGCGAAGGUGAUCGACGACUUGGUCAACGCCGACGCUGGGAGGUCGCUUGAGAGAGAUGGAUGGAGCUUGCGAAUCCCCUUGCAAUCGUUGGGCCGUUGGGCCCUGCAGAUGGCUUCUUGUGCUGGGAGGUGCCGCGAUGCUGUCAUGGCGCAUCGCAUGACAUACCUAUCCGCCGUGGUCUCCGAGUGCCAGUCGACGAUGCCACAGUGGGAGUCGAUCUUCAAGGACGGAGUGCUCAACAUGAAGAUGGCGAUCGACCUGCUGGACGAGAAGUUGCCUCCCACCGUGGCCAGCUACAACCGCAUAUACCAAGUGCUGGGCAAAGUUUCGGUGAUUUCAAAACGCAUUGAGCUGUCGCCGCCAGUGGACAAGCAUCCAACUACGUCGUCUGGAUGCGCUGUGGCAUCGACGCUCCUGGCGAAGUUCUACCAGGCGACGGUGCUCACCCAGGGCGUCAACUUGCUGGGGUUCCAGUCGCAGGGCCCAAGUGCGUCGACGAAAGCGUCCAGCUUCAUCAAGGAGCAUCAAGAGAAGAAGAAAGUGCAGUUGCCCGACGCCUUCUGGAGCGAGCUGAAAUGCAUCGUGGACGGUUCUGCAAUGUUGCCCGACGCCUUCUGGAGCGAGCUGAAAUGCAUCGUGGACGGUUCUGCAAUGGUCUUCAGCGACGGGCACGCCGUGGUCAAGCGAGAGGGGGCGCCUUCGGAGGAGCGGGAGUUCGUCGGCAAUUUCGACUUCGGCGGGGACGAUGUCGGCAUUGUCUCAGAGCCCCGCCUCGGCGGGGAGGCGACGGGCCUGUCCCAGGCGCCAGCUGCCAAGAGGCCCAGGCUCGCGCGUCUCAGCGGCACGAAGCGGGCUCGUUAG